UGUUGUGCCUCCAACGUGGGACUCGACCGGAAAAAAAAAGGAAAGUAUAGAGCGCAGGAAAGAAGUGCGCGAUCCAGAGGAGGAGGGGAACUUGUGAUCGGAUGGAAGAGAUUUGGUGACCGCACCUGAUAAGACUUUCUGAAGAGUGGCUUUCCGAAGUUGGAUUAUUGCGGAGUCGCGCUGCCGAGAUUGGGACUACACGCGCGGCUGGAGUGGAACGGAACACCUCUGGAGAUACGACCCAGCUGCCUUGAUCGCCCCUGGUCCGUUUUCACAUCACCCCCGGGUCUCCUUGGCUUUUCCAAAAGAUUCAAACAGUGAACGAGCCUGAAAUAGAGCUCACAUUUUUUAUUUCAAGUUGGACUGAAACUUUGGAUCCGUGUACAGGAUGUGAUUCGUACUCAUCUUGACUGAAUCGCAGUUAAAUGCCAGCCCUUUUGUCUUUGAAACCUCACCAUUUAUGCGCGGCGAAACUUUCUCCGGGCGGUAACUUCCCAGCUCCGCGGCCGCGCUAAUAAAGCUGGAUACAAAAUGGCGGCGUCCCCGGGGCGGCUCGGAACUCUUCAGCGAAGUCUCCUUUACCCCGUUCUAACGCUCGGACUUCUGCUCGGUGGAGGAUGGAGCUCAGACGUGCCCUGUGCCCAGAACUGUACCUGCGACGGAGACUCGGUGGACUGUCGUCACGCGCAGCUGACGGCGGUACCGCUGGACCUUCCCGUCCGGACCGUCUCCUUAAACCUGGGCCACAACAAGCUGACUGCUGUGAACCCCGAAGCCUUCCACAAUCUUCCCGACUUACGAGAGCUACGGCUGGACCACAACGAGCUGACAUCCAUACCGGAUUUAGGACAAGCUGCCUCCAAGAUCGUAUCGCUCUACCUGCAUCACAAUAAGAUCCGCACUGUGGAAGGCCGCCUGGCCGGGAAGCUCAUCUCUGUGGAAACUCUGGAUCUGAGCAACAAUGACAUCACCGAGCUGCGAGGACACAGCUUCCCCGCGGGGCUCCGGAUCACAGACUUGUACCUCAGCAACAACAAGAUCAGCGUGCUGGAAGUCGGGGCUCUGGAUCAUCUGGCCUCCACCCUGCAGGUCCUCAGACUGAGCAGGAAUCGCAUCAGCCAGAUUCCCGUCAAAGCGUUCCAGCUUCCAAGACUCGCCCAGCUUGAGCUGAACAGGAACCGCAUCCGUCAGGUGGAGGGCCUGACCUUCCAGGGCCUGUCCAGCCUGGAGGUGCUGAAGCUGCAGAGAAACAGCAUCAGCAAGCUGACGGAUGGAGCCUUCUGGGACCUGGCAAAGAUGAAAAUCCUUCACUUGGACUACAACAGCCUGACGGAGGUGAACAGCGGCUCCCUCUACGGCCUGACGUCCCUCCAGCAGCUCUUCCUCGGGAACAACUCCAUCGCUGAAAUCAAUCCAGACGGGUGGAAGUUCUGCCAGAAGCUGAGGGAACUGAACCUGGCCUACAACAACUUGACUCGGCUGGACGAAGGCAGCCUGUCCGUGCUGGGGGAGCUGCACUCCCUCCGUCUGGGGCACAACUCCAUCAGCCACAUCGCCGAGGGAGCUUUCAGGGGCCUCAAGGCUGUACGCAACCUGGAGCUGGACCAUAACGACAUCUCGGGCACAAUAGAGGACACCAACGGGGCCUUCGCUGGACUGGACAGUCUCAACAAGCUAACUCUGUUUGGAAACAAGAUCAAGUCGGUGGCUAAGAAAGCCUUCUCUGGCCUGGAGAGCCUGGAACACCUAAACUUGGGAGAAAACGCCAUCCGCUCCAUCCAGCCCGACACCUUCAGCCGGCUGAGGAGCCUCAAGAGCCUGGUGAUGGAGAGCGACAGCUUCCUGUGCGACUGUCAGCUGCAGUGGCUGCCGCAGUGGCUGCUGACUCGAGGUUUGAGGAGCGGCGUCAACGCUAGCUGCGCCCACCCGGAGACCCUGAAGGGUACCAGCAUCUUCCAGGCCCCGUCCAGCAGCUUCGUGUGUGAUGACCUGCCCAAACCUCAGAUCACUGUCCAGCCUGAGAACACGGUGACGGUCCUGGGCAGCAGCGUCCGCUUCACCUGCACUGCAGUCAGCAGCAGCUCCUCCCCCAUGACCUUCGCUUGGCGUAAAGACCAGGAGCUGCUCCACCACGCAGAGACAGAGAACUUCGCCCACGUGCACUCGCACCACUCCAGCCCGCCGUCCGACGGAGGAGUGAUGGAGUACACCACCAUCCUGCACCUGCGCCACGUGACCUUCGCCCAUGAAGGACGGUACCAGUGCAUCAUCACCAACCAUUUCGGGUCCACCUACUCCAGCAAAGCCAAGCUGGUCGUCAACGUCCUCCCGUCGUUCGUGAAGAUGCCCAGCGACAGCACCAUCAGGACGGGUCACACCGCACGGCUGGAGUGCGCCGCGGAAGGACACCCGGCGCCGCAGAUCGCCUGGCAGAAAGACGGCGGCACAGACUUCCCCGCCGCUCGCGAGCGACGGAUGCAUGUCAUGCCGGACGACGACGUCUUCUUCAUCAUGGACGUGAAGCCCGAAGACAUGGGUGUCUACAGCUGCACCGCCAGGAACACGGCAGGCACCGUCUCCGCCAACGCCACCCUCACCGUCCUCGAAACCCCGCACCUGGCCCAGAACCUGGAGGACCGCAGCGUGGUGGUGGGCGACACGGUGGCCCUGCACUGCAAGGCCCUGGGCAGCCCGCCCCCCCGGGUCACCUGGCUGCGUAACGACCAGCCGCUGCGCCAGUCGGACCGGCACCACUUCACCCCGGGGAACCAGCUGCUGGUCAUCGACUCGGUCGCGGAAGAGGACGGCGGCCGCUACACCUGCGUCAUGUCCAACACGCUGGGCACGGAGCGCGCUCACAGCCAGCUGACGGUGACGGAACAGCACGGCCCGUGCGGCGCCCAGACGGGCCCCAGCACCGUCACCGUCGGCAUCAUCGUCAUCGCCGUGGUCACCAGCAUCGUGGCGACGUCGCUGGUGUGGGUCUGCAUCAUCUACCAGACAAGGAAGAAGAGCGAGGAGUGCAGCGUCACCAACACGGAUGAAACCAUCGUCCCUCCGGACGUUCCCAGUUACCUCUCCUCUCAGGGAACGUUGUCCGAGCGGCAGGACGUCUGUAUCCGUGUGGACGUGGCUGGAGGAUCUCAACCCAACGGUCACAUCGUGGACCCGGCCGGCUUCGACACCGCCAUCGUCUGUGCAGACUGUCUUGACAACGGCGGCAGCUACUCCAAAGACCCCGACUACCUGAGCCACAGCUGCGGGGGUGUCAGCGAGUACCAGCAACACCCGCUGCACCUGUCCCGCUCAGCCUGUCAUCCCGAGGAGUCGCAGCACCCGACUCUCUGCAACGGGAUCCGACAUGACGUAACGUUUCCAAACCAAUGCUGCACGUCACGGACAGGUCCAGACGACAGGAAUGCGAACCGAACUUCAGACGAGUCCUUCCACAAACCGGUCAAACUGGCCGGCAACAGACACACAGACAUUGAGUGUGAGGCCGAGCUCAGGCAGACUCUGCUGUCGAACGGACACGCCCCCAGAGCCCCUCCACACGAGAGCGCCCCCCUGAGGAGAGCCAGCGACUAGCCGGUGCUCCGGCUCCCCCUCCACCAAAACACGAACUCACAGAGUCGUUUUUUUUUUCUCUUCUUUUGCACUGGGAACCCAACGGCUACCUCACACGAGGCCUGGACUAGCGUGGGGAUUCGGGAGGGCGGGGCAUCCGGAGCAUGAAGGCGGAGCUUGAGUGGGUGGCGUCCCAUCUGAGCGUUUUAGCUGUACAUAUUAAAAACCUUCUUUUGGGAGGAGAGAAUAAUAAUAUUAAUAAAAGCUCCGAAAAUGUGACUCGCAUUUGAAGCCUUGAACUUGACCUCUGACCUUGUGACUGUACAGAAGAGUUUGGCUAUAUUAUAUUUUACAGAAGAAUAUUUGCAUGAGAGAAACCGAGUGAGUUUUGUUGCUCAGCUUUUGCCAACUGUGGUGCCUUACUGCAUGAUCAAAACCCGGAAGGUUCCGGUUCACGCCGUCGCACUUGUGAAUGGUUUCGCUGGACUCUAACUCGUCCGCUUUGGUGAAGGACUUCGGUACGACUCAAGGAGCUAAAAGCACUUUUAGAAAAGGCUGGAGCAAAAGGGACGAACCUGUUGUGGGUCCGCGGCACUCUCCGUCACCUGAUCUGGAUUAUCUGCUGUAACGUGCCUCGACAUUCGCGGCUCUAGAAACGCGGUACGUCUCCUGAAACCACUUUCCUGGUUCCACCCGACCGAUCCUGGCGCCGAGGAACGGACGAGGGUAAUUUAUUGUGCCGAAGUCAAAGCAGAAACGGGGAAAUGUCUAACACGGCAUUGAAGUGUCUAAUAAAAUCAUUUUUGAUAUCACACGGCUGCCUCUGUCACUGAAGUUGGAGGGUUGCUGAGCUCUUGGUCGAUGAGAGGAGACGGAGCAGAGAGACACCGACGGGACUGGACGGUAGAAGAAGCCAGUGAAGAGGACGGAAAGAUCUGGAAGUGAGGGCAGUUCUGAAGAGCAGGACAACAUCCCAGUGAGGGGAAUAGAUGAGCCCGCAGAGAACCUUCAGACCAGAUGGCUCCACAUGCUCUUGAAGGUUGAGAGGAUGAUGAGUGGU